GAACUGGCAAAUGGGGCAUGGGCAAAAAAGAGCAAGCGUGCCGAUGCUCCAAAUAUUGUUGCAUUUACGGAUCGGUUCAAUGCGCAUUUAUACGAUUUGAAUAAUUUGAAUUCAACAUUUUCUCUUAUCAGUGCCGUGCAGAGUCUUGCCAUUUAUCGCCUGACGAAGACUUGGAACCUUCUUGCUCGACAUGAGCGCGCCGUGUUCAACAAAUUGCGUUUGUUAUUUGAUAGUGAACGGAACUGGGAACGUUUGCGUCAACACCUGCAAUCACUGAGCUUACCAUGUAUACCAUACUUAGAAUAUGAGGAGUCAAAAAUUCUCGGGUGCGAGAACAAAUAG